UUGUCUGCAACAAUGGUGUUUGUGAAAGCUCAGAAGUCUAGGGCGUACUUCAAGCGGUUUCAGGUGAAGUUCAAGAGAAGGAGAGAGGGAAAGACAGAUUACCGGGCCAGGAUUCGCCUCAUCAAUCAGGACAAAAACAAGUAUAACACCCCCAAAUAUCGCUUUGUCGUGCGAUUUACAAACAAGGAUAUUAUUGCACAAAUAAUAUCCGCUAGCAUUGCUGGUGAUAUGGUCCUUGCUUCAGCAUAUGCCCAUGAGCUGCCUCGCUAUGGACUCGAUGUAGGUCUCACAAAUUAUGCUGCUGCUUACUGUACCGGAUUGCUCUUGGCCCGCCGUGUCUUGAAAAAGCUCGAGAUGGAUGAUGAGUAUGAGGGCAAUGUGGAGGCAACUGGAGAGGAUUUCUCAGUUGAGCCAGCAGAGAGUAGGAGGCCAUUUCGUGCUCUCCUGGAUGUUGGCCUUAUUAGAACCACCACUGGCAACCGUGUCUUUGGUGCUCUGAAGGGAGCAUUGGAUGGCGGGUUGGAUAUCCCUCACAGUGAUAAGAGAUUUUCUGGUUUCUCGAAGGACUCUAAGCAGCUGGAUGCUGAGGUUCACCGCAAGUAUAUUUAUGGUGGGCAUGUUGCUGCGUAUAUGAAGAUAUUGAUGGAAGAUGAACCAGAGAAGUAUCAGUCUCAUUUUGUUGAGUAUAUCAAGAGAGGAAUUGAGCCUGAUGGCAUUGAGGAGCUGUACAAGAAAGUUCAUGCUGCCAUCCGCGCUGACCCCACUCAAAAGAAGUCUGAGAAGGAGCCACCUAAGCUGCACAAGAGGUACAACUUGAAGAAGCUGACGUACGAUGAAAGGAAGGCUAGCUUGAUUGAACGACUGAAUGCCCUCAAUGCAGCAGCAGGAGCUGAUGAGGAGGUGGAUGAUGAAGAUGACGAAUGAAUGUAGUAGUACCUUUCCCUUUGGAGGCUUGGAAUUUUGAGUCAAAUAUGAGAUGUUCUUAGUGCACAAUGAUGCUGCUCUGCAGUUUAGUUUUAAACCUAUUAAAUUUUGUUUGUGUUUCUUUGGGUGCAAUUUUGUAGCUUGUAUUUUUUUAUUCGAAGAUGGCAAUUACACUUUUUGAAUGUUAUGAAAUGCAUUAUUAUUUUCGUUCAAAAAAAAGAUAUGCAUUAUUAUUUCUGACUGUCAA